ACUCCUAAAUUCUUUUAAUCCAACAAUAUAACAAGAGAAGACUGAAACUUCAAGGAACAUUGAAUUCAAGACUUUAACUACUCAGACUUUUGCAGCAUCAUCAACAACAACAAAAGUUUACAUCUUUUAUUAAAUUAAGGACUCGGAAUCUAGAUUAAGUUAAGAAUGAGUGACAAUUUGAUGGAUAAAGUAAGUGCUUUCGGGGAGCGUCUCAAGAUUGGAGGCACUGAGGUGGGCAAAAAGAUGACAGCGGGUAUGAGCUCGAUGAGCUUUAAAGUAAAGGAGUUGUUCCAAGGUCCGAACCAGGCUGAUAAACUUGUCGAGGAUGCUACGGCGGAGACUCUUGAAGAGCCUGAUUGGGCUAUGAAUCUUGAUUUAUGUGAUAUGAUUAAUCAUGAAAGAGUUAGUAGUGUGGAGUUAAUUCGUGGGGUAAAGAAACGCGUUAUGAUUAAGAAUGCUAGGGUGCAGUAUCUGGCCUUGGUUUUACUUGAAACGAUUGUUAAGAAUUGUGAGAAGGCUUUUUCGGAGGUUGCAGCUGAGAGGGUACUUGAUGAAAUGGUGAAGCUGAUUGAUGAUCCUCAAACUGUUAUCAAUAAUAGGAAUAAGGCUCUCAUGAUGAUCGAGUCGUGGGGUGAAUCAACUAGUGAGCUGCGAUAUUUACCUGUUUAUGAAGAAACAUACAAGAGUUUAAGAUCGAGGGGUAUUCGAUUCCCGGGUCGUGAUAAUGAGAGUUUGGCACCCAUCUUUACACCAGCUCGUUCAGUUUCAGCAGCUGAAGUGGAUGCUAGUCUUGCACAGCAAAUCCAGCAUGAUAUACCAGUGCUAAGCUUCACAGCUGAACAAACAAAGGAAGCGUUUGAUGUGGCGAGAAACAGUAUUGAACUUUUGACAACAGUGUUGUCAUCCUCUCCCCAACAAGAUGCAUUACAGGAUGAUUUGACAACAACACUUUUCCAGCAAUGUCGUCAGUCACAAUUUACUGUCCAAAGAAUUAUCGAGACAGCAGGAGAUAACGAGGCCUUACUCUUUGAAGCCUUGAAUGUCAACGAUGAGAUCCAGAAAGUUCUCACCAAGUAUGAAGAGUUGAAUAAGCCACCGGCAGUUUCUUCCGAGCCAGAACCUGCUAUGAUUCCCGUUGCUGUUGAGCCUGAUGAGUCGCCUGUCCACGCAAGAGAAGAUGCCCUGGUUAGGAAACCAGCAGGUUCACGGGGAGGAGCUCCUGGAGGAUUCAACGAUGACAUGAUGGAUGAUCUUGAUGAGAUGAUCUUUGGUAAGAAAAGCGGCAGCACAUCCGAGGGAGCGCGUGAUCCGAAGAAACAACAAUCUUCAAAGGAUGAUCUCAUAAGCUUCUGAGUUGAAUGGUUCCGAUAAAUCCCAUCUUUUUUUUACGAAAAGAGGCCUGUCAUGUUUUUCUUUUAGGCGUUCAACUUCACUCGAUGUUUAAAUUUAUGAUUGGCUGAAAACUUUGAUUUUAUGAUGGAUUUCUGUCAAGUUUUUCUGCUAAUUUCUGUAAUUAGUAGUCCAUGUGUUGGUAAUGCUCCAAUUGCUUGACAUGGUAUAUAUGGGACGGUAAUUUGGUUCUUUUUUAA